AUGUCGAGUGGGCACUACUCUUCUUCUAAGACGUGCAGCGACGGCAGUGGCACGCCGGCGAGCGGGUCAUCCACGUUGCCUCCCACGCCACCGCUACCGCCGUCGUCCUCAUCCUUGCCGCAGCUGACCUCCGCGGAGCUCGCCGAGUUGCCGCCGGUGCCGAUGUCAUCGUCGUCGUCGUGUCCCACCCCCUCACCAUCCCCUGCGGCCAGCGAGUCGCAGCACGGAUCUGUCGGCGUCGACCGCGCGGGCAACCAGGAGAGCUCCAAGAGUGACUUGAGCAGUCCCUACUGGGAAGAAGCGGAGGAGGAGCUGGACAAUGACAUCGAGCACCACAGCGGCAACGGUGGCAGCGAGAGUGACGGGACGACUGCACGUGGCGCCUCUGGUGAGCCGGUGGAUGCUCCGCUGAUGGUUCCCGAUUGGCUGCCGGACCCGCCGUCAUCGUCGUUGGCAUCGGUGUCGGCGUCGCAGCGCACGGGCCAGGAAGGCGUCCAGCAGCGUGCCGCCUCCACUAUUCCGGACUCAGAGCACAGUAGUCAAGGCGAAAACGUGCCGGUGGACACGGCAGUGCUGCACGGGUGUGCAGACGGUGCAGAUAGCAGUACUGCUGCCUUCAGUGACGCUGACGAACCGGGUGUAGUGCGCGAUUAUCGCGAAGCGGUGGUGAGAGACGCUGCUGUCACGGAAAACUAUAAUGAAGAAGAGUGGCGCCAAGGCGGUCGCGAAGAAGCUGACGACGUCUCUGACGCAACAGUCGCGGCCCGCGCCGCCUCCAUCACGUCUGAUGUGGUUGCAGAGAGCGUCUGGGCAUCUGAGGAGCGCGCCAGCGCCGCCUUGCAGCAGUUCAGCACCUCCCUGCACUCGAAGCUGGUCGAGCGGCUCAUCGACGACGCGGUCGUGGCAGUGGAGCGCACGCUGCAGGACACGGUGCGGCAGCAUGAGUCGCGCGUGCGAGCCCUGAUGGCGCAGAAUAGGCUACUGGACCGCCAGCUGGCCGGCCAGACGGUGCAGAUGCAGUCGAUUCGGAAGGACCUGGAAGACUCGAUCCUGCGCGACUUACAACGUGUACUGCGCGUUGAUCUGCGGAAGGCCUUCCGGUCGGCUAGCACCGACCGCUCUAAUGGCAAGGAGCUCUCCGCGGAGUCCACGACUCUGCCGUCACCGUCCUUGGGGUGCCGUCCCUCGUCCGACGCGCACUCCCCCAGCGCGGAAGAUGACGUGGCUGACAGCAUCCGCAUGCAGCGGCGAUCGAGUGAGGGGUCGGUGCCUUCGACGUAUGGGGUCGACGACAGUGCACAGCCAUCUGUGGAAGAGCUCUUCGCCGCGUACGUCAACCAGCGCGGCACCCUCGAGCUGCUUCAGAAGGAACGCGCGCAGUGGUGGGAGAGCACGGCCGUCUUGCGAGACAGGCUGUUCGCCGCCACGCGUGAAGUUGUCCAGCUGCGGCAGGAAGUGGAGCGGCUUCAGACGACAACAGUAGAUGUGGCAGAGCACUACGCCGUGGUGCAGGCAAGAGGGGAGGCAGAGCAUCAGUGUGCCCUUAUGCGACUGCAACUCACCAAGCACAUCGAAGAGGCAGAGAUGAUGGAAGGGCUUGUGGAGAGGCGUGAGUUGGCGCAGUCGCGACCCCCUGACGCCGCAGAGAGCAACGCGGGACAAGCAGCUUCGACGGGAGCUGUCACCGCCACUGCAACAGCAGCAGCAGCAGCAGCAGCAGCAAUGAACAAGGAGCUGCUUCGAAAGGGUCCGCAGUGGGACAUCGCGUUGCGUGAGCUGGAGGAGCAGGCCACCAUUGCGGCCAACAGUCACCAGCUGCGUGAGCAACUCGCCAAAGCCGAGGAGGAGCUGCGGUCCUUGCAGAAAGACAGAGACGCGAGCGUCGCCUACGCGGCGGAGUUGAAGAAAGAAGGUGACGUGCUGCGGGCAGACUUGCAGUCGAUGGUCUACCGCAACAGCGUGCUCUCCCAGCAAGUUGCGUCGCUGCUUGUCAAGGUCGAGAACACAUGCCGCGCCAACCGGCAGCUGCAGGCCAUGCAGGCCGCAUCGCCUCCGCUGCAGCAGCAGCAGGGGCCGCUCGACCAAUUAGGCGCAAGGAAGGCCAAGCGGUCUGUGUGUGCGCCCACCUCGUCGCGAUCGUCAUCCUCAACCUGCCCGGUGCCGUCCAACGAGCUGCUUUCGACUUUACCGUCGCAGGCGGAGAGGCGCAGCGCGUGGCUGAGCGUGAUGUGGCCGUUGUCGACGUCCGGCGGCAGCGAUGCGGCAGCUGAGAAUCGACUCAAUACAGCAGUGCUCUACGACCGGCAGAAACAUCGGCAGCCGCCACUGUCGCCCCUCGCAUCUGCGGACGCCUCAAAGAUGUCCUCGCCGACGGAAGUGGAGGAGGGCGUGCAGCAGCGACUGAACACCUACGCCGCAUCACGCUUGGUGGCACCACAGCUGGACAGCGGCGCCUCCCUGCAGCCUCCACGUCGACCGCGGCACGUCACGCUGCGGCAGCUCGGCAGCGCCACGCUCGAGGUCGACCGCGUGUGCAGUCCGCAUCUGCCGGCCAGUGAUCAGCUCAGCGGGUACGCGCUCGGACGUCCGUCGACGUUCUCAACAGUCGAUGUCGCGCGCGGGACGGUGACGCGCCAGGUGGGAUCGGAGGAGGUGACGGUUCUGCCCACCGGAGCAGCUGCCUCGUCCGCACACGGGUCGCCAUCACCAGCCGCGCCGGACGACAGCAGAGCCGGUGACGUAGACGUGUGGACAUCAGCAGCGGCGGCGUCGCCAUCGACGCGGCGCGUGCACAACACAGACGACGUGAGUCGCGACCCGAACCUGCUACGUCUUCUGGACACCCUAGACAAGAACGAGAGCCUCGAUCGAUUCAGCGUGAACUCUGUCGCCGAGCUGGUUUUGCGGAACCAGGAGCUGGUAAAGCAGCUGUACGAGGCGACGCAGCGCGCCGAAGCGGCGGAGCGGCGGCGGCAGCAGCAAGGGGGUGUCUCUGCCUCCCAGUUGGAUGAGAAGGGGCCAUCGCUCGGGGUCACGGCUGCCUCUGCCCGCGACCCACCCGCGCCACUAGGCAGUGGCAUUGAUGCCAACUUUAACGCGGUGCCGGAAACGCUCACUUCCACCACUGCAGAACUGCUUCUGCGGGAGGGUGAUCCGAACUCGCGCAAGCGCCCCCGUGAUGGUGACGACGACGAUAGGAGCCAAGAGCGAGGGGAUGCCGAGGGCGGCCGCCACGUCAGUGGCGGUCAAGGCGAGAAUAAGGCGUCACAUCAGCAGGUCACCGACGGUGCAGGAGCAGACUCCGCUGCUGCUGUUGUUGCAGUGACGGAGUCGUGGUUCACCAAGGACGCUAGCGACGCGGUUGCCAGCAUGAUUGAUGCGAUGGUGCGUCGGCGUGAUGUGCGGCUCACGUCUGCCGACACGGAGGUGUCGCGAGCGCUGCUCCAGGCGCUGGCGGCGCGGCGCGCCACAGACAGCGCGGUGCAGCAGGCACGCACGAAUGGCGACGGCGUUCCAGGUACGGACCUGACCGCGGAGAUUUCGCCCGAGACAGACUCAUUUUCUGUGGGCGUCUCCUCGCGAGCGUUGUCUUCGUGUCUGCACAGCCUCGCGCACCUUUGUCUAGAGCAGUCUUCCGCGCUGGUGGAGUUGGCACGGAAGGCCGAGCAUCAGAACCAAGAGAUGCAGACAGCCGUCAAGAACACAUGGACAGAGGUGCAGCAGGUGCUUCUCGCUGCGCUGCAGACCUCGCGCGCUGCGCUUGCCUCGUCCACCUCGGCCUCUGACAGCAGCGCGGCCACUAGCGCUCCUCGUCUCUCGCGUCAGCGCGUGCGGCGAGAGGGAGGUGCGGUGGACCGCAGCUGUGUCGUGGGCAACGAAGGUGGCGCGCAACGAGACGGCCGCCACGAGUUCCGCCCCGAGGAACAGGUUGCACUCCUCCAUCAGCUCCGCACGCUGCUGCACACGGCUGCCAAAAAGGACGAGACUCUCCUGCGCGUCUACCAGGCUGCGCAGGCACGCAAAGAUGCGCGGCAGCACCAGGAGAAGGAGCGUGUGGCGCGCCUGCUGCUGAAACUGGAGCGGAAGCGGCGCAUCAUCAAGGCCUUGCAGCAUCGGCACGCGAACAUGAGCGUGGUGGCCGCUGUUGGUGCCGACCCCAGCGCACGUGGGCUCAGCCACCCCUCCCCGCUCGACUGCGAAAACUUGCAGGGUACCGUGGCGGCCGGCUUUCGCCUUUCCCCGCAGCCGGGCUCGCCCGCCCGACGUACGCCGCCGAUGCCGCCGAUGGUGUUGCCCGCUGCCAGCACAACCGACGCUGAUGACGAGCGCCGUGGCGACGACGACUGCAACCGGGCCAGUAGCGUGGAUAGUGGCAGCAGCCACCCCCACCGCAGCUACCGCGAUCAACACGGCCGCGAUGACGAUGACGGUGACAGCGACGACGAGCUUGACGACGAGAUCCUGACACUAGACAUCUUCCGCGAGCUUCAGCAGCAGCUGGCCCUGAGCCAAGCGAACCAUCAAGCCGCGCAGGAAGAGCUCGACGCGGAGAAGACGAAGCACGCAGCGCUGCUGGAGCGCAUGUGGGUGCUGGAGGCGGCUCGCGAUGACGCUGUAGCCGUGGCCGAUCGUCUGGAGAAGCGCGUGAGUGAAAUGCUCACUCGGGAAGAGUACCAGGCGGCAGUAGCCGAGCUGGAGGUGGCCGCUGCCUCCCUCAUGGAACUGAAUACGGAGCUGAGCAACGCCAAGGCGGCGCACCUCGAGUCGCAGGAGCAGGCGGAGGAUCUCAAGCGCCAGCUGGAGGCCCAGCAGCGGGAGGCCCAGCGGCAGCACCUGAAGAUGGAGGAUGCGAUGCGUAGGCGUGAGCAGCGCCUGCUUAGCGAGGAGGACCGCGUCCGACAGCUGCAUGAGCAACUGAAAGAUUUGAAGCAGUACGCGGCAGACCUCGAAAAAUCUAUCGCGCUCGCGCGGAGAGAGGUGGGCGAUCAGCAAGAGUUAGUCCGUCUCAGGGACUCCACAAUCGAGGAGCUCAAGGCGCAGAUGCUAAUGCGUGACGACGUGCAGGAGCUACUCUGUCGGCUCUACCCCGACCACAGUGUGCUGCACGCGAAUGCGCAGCUUGUACGCGGUUUGUCGGAGACCACGGCGCGCCUGCAACUGGAGCUGGCAGAGACGCGGCAGGACCUUGCUCACGUGCGCGAAGAGCUGCAGCAGCGGGAGCUCACCGCGCGGGAGGCGGUGCAGGACCGCCAAGCGGCAGAGGUGCGCCUGCAGGACGCACUCGCACGACUCGCAGUACUGCAAGAGCCCGACGAUGGCGGCGAUGCGGUGCAGCGCAGCCUGGGAGAGACGGUCGCCACGCGUGGCACGACGCACCCGCAGACUGCGGAUGCCGCGUCCCGUAUGGCGGCGCUCUUUAACGUCGACGAAGCCUCCCUCACCGCCCUGCGCCAGCGUGUGCGCUACCUCAACGCGUGCGUCGAGGCGCAGGCAAAGGACAUCGCCGUCCUGCGCUCCGCCGAGUCCUCGUGGAAGCAACGCGAGAUCGAUCUGCGCAAGCAGCUGGAAGUGAUGAGCGCGGACCCGGUGAGCCUGACGGCGCGCCGAUACGGUCUCUCCGCCUGCUUGAGCUUCGAGGCGCAGCUGGACGAGAUGCAGGCUCGACAGGACGCCCUUGAGAGCUCAAGAGUGCAGCUCCAGGAAGAGAAGGACGCUAUCGCUGUCACAGUUCAGGAACACGCGAAGGCCGCCGCUGUAGCGCAAGGUGCCGCGGAUGCGGCACAGGCGGUGGUGGAGCGCACCAAGGCGCAGCUGACGUCCGCCACGGAGACGUGUGCUGCGCUAAGCUCGGCCAUCGCACGGCUGGAAAGCGAGCGGGACGAGGAGUCAUCGAAGCGCGUAGAUGUCGAGCGGCGGUACAAGCAGGUGCUAUCGGAGCUGGCGGACACGAAGCGCGGCCUCAGCGCAGUGCAGGAGUCCUUGGAAGCUACCAGGACGCAGCGGGACCACUUCUGGAAGGACAACAACCUUCUCAUCAGCAAGAUGGAGGAGCUGGAAAAGGCACUGCUGCAGUCCGACGCCGAGAAGCGCGCGGCCCGGGAGGCUCUGGCACAGGGACUGUCGGCGUCGUCGGCAUCUGCGUCUCGGCGGCGUCGCGGCGGCGGCGACAGUGGUGCCGUGGAUCGCUAUCGCGGGCAGGCAUCCCUGACGCAGGACCUCAGCCUUUCCUCGCUCUCAGCUCGGCCGUCGUGA